AUGUUGUCGGCAUCCAGACGAGCGACGAGCGCCCUGUCGCAACAGCUCCGCGUUGCCUCGCGCCCCUUCACCGUGUCCGCGGCCGCCCGCACCACCGAGAGACCCGCCGUCGUCGAGAAGAACGAAGCCGCUACCCCCCAGACGGCCGAGACCACCGUUCCGCAAGAGGUUGGCCAGGCCCCCAACCGAUCCCUCAUCUGGUCGCGCAGCCAGCAGCCCAGAGCCAAGGCCAUGACCGGUCCCCGAUUCGAGCAGACGGACUUCAACCUCCAGCCACAACCGUACUCCGCGAUGGAGCUUAUCCACGAGCAGCCCGUUACCUGGACACACAAGCGCAUCGUUGCGUGCGACGGAGGCGGCGGUCCCGCCGGCCACCCCAGAAUCUUCAUCAACACCGACAAGCCCGAGAUCGCUUCCUGCAACUACUGCGGUCUGCCUUACGCCAACGAGCACCACCGCAAGCACCUUGAGUCCCUCCCCGAGACCUCCUACCCCCUUGCAUAG